AUGGCAGAUGUUCGCUCGUUACUUCGAAAUGAGCUUGCUGCUCGCAAGGGCGCACCGCAGGCAGGAAGUACCGGCAAUCGAGUUACCAAGAAGCGGAAGGUCGAUAUCACGGAUGACCUGACACGAAAGAAGAUGAGACCUGGUGAAAACAUUGCAGAUUUCCAAUCACCGACAGUACAUACUGUACAAUCACCAAGCGCCCAAGCGAUCGAGGAAGUGGAGGACGUCGAACAACUAGAACAAGAAACUGCUGGCCCAGGACUUCCGCCGGACUCGGAAGCAGCCCAAGAGCAGACCCAGGCACAGUCUGAGCCGUUGCCCGAAUCAAAUACAUCUCAAGCCAUCGAUGAGGACGAAUGGGCAGCCUUUGAGCGUGAGGUGGUGGCGCCAACUCGUGUGCCUCAGGCACCUGCUGCAGUUGCUGCUGCAGCGACGAUAUCAGCCGCGCCAAUCUCCGCCGAGCAACUUGCUGCCCAGCAAGAGGCAGAAAAGGAAACGUCAACACAAACACGUGAAGCUGAGAUCGAAGGGGAACGAGAAGACGCGGCUCGAUUCUUGGAAGAUGAAUUCGAUGAAAUGGAGCAGCUUGAAGAACGGAUCAGGCGGUUGAAGCAUAAGAGGGAAGAACUAAGACAGAAACGAGCCAAGGAAGAUCCGGAGAUAGCUCAAACAGAAGGAUCCUCAUCCAGGAAAACACAGCAGAAUGAUGAGCCUAAACAAAGCGACGAAGAAGAAAACGAUGACGAUGACGAUGUGGAUGACGAUGACUGGGACAACUGGAGAUUUAGGUAA